AAGAAGUAGAAGGUAAGUCUCUGAGCAGAGUUUCAUGUUCCCUCCAAAACAAGCAAAACGGACCAAUCAUCAUGAUUAUCUGUGCGGAAUCAAAUCACCAGAGGAUCUCGUUCGCGGGUGAUCUCGGCCAAUCAGAUAAAGCACCUCCUAUGGAAAAACAACCAUCAGGCCCUGUUCGAAGAGACACAACACUUUUAGAUUCAUCAAACCCUGAUUUCGAGUUCCACAUUUCCAGAAACUUCGACCCCGGAGAUUCCUCACCAGCUGAUGAGAUCUUCGCCGACGGGAUGAUCCUACCGAUCCUUCCUUUCCAAGUAACUACUGCAUCCUCCAUGCCAAAACGUCUCUACAAGUACGAGCUCCCUCCUAUCGUCUCCGCUCCUUCCUUAUCUUCCUCCUCUCUUACUCCUCAGCCAUUGCCGUUACCCCAAAACUCGAGAAAAUACAGCAGCGUCAAGGAAACUAACGGUCGUGGGAGCGGAGCGAAUUCGGACUCGGAGGCAGAGAAAUCAUCAAAGUCGUUUUGGAGCUUCAAGAGAAGCUCGAGCCUUAACUGCGAUAUAAAGAAGAGUCUGAUCUGUUCAUUUCCUCGUUUGACAAGAAGCAAUUCAACAGGAUCAGUGAUGAAUUCUAAGAGGGCAAUGCUAAGGGACAUUAACAAGCAUAGCUCGCAGAGACAUGGAGUUCCACGUCCAGGGGCAGAUCACUCAUCUCAUUUGUCUUCUUCUUCUUCAUCUCCUUCCUCUGUCUGCUGCAGCUCGUAUCAGUUCAGGCCACAAAAGCACGCCGGAAAGAAUGGCGGCAGAGAAAAAGCAGGAGGAGGAAGCUUUCGGAUUACUCCCGUGAUCGGUGGUCCAUCUCCGUUUGGUUUAGGAUCGAUCUUACGACUUUCGAAAGAGAAGAAGACGAAGAACAAGUAAUAAGACUUCUUUUUUUUGUUUUAAACCCAAAGUAGGAACCUUUUUUACGAACUCAUUGUUUUAUUUUUGUUUUGGGUAAAGCAUGAGAUUCUGCAACAAUAUCCAUGUAGAUACAUUUUAUUAUCUGUAUCAGUGAUAAUGAUGCUGAUCAGUGAUA